AGGUUAUCCCGAACAACUGGCCGAACAGUGGACACGAUCUUAGUGAUUGUUGACAUGCAUAACUCUAACAAGGACACCGUAUGGAAUCCUGCACUCCGGGCUUGGGCUGAGAUCUUGGAAGUUCUACAAGAUCUGUACCCGGGUCUAGUCAAAGAGAUUCUCAUUAUAAACGUCCAUGUCCUGUACCCGCACGUGUACAUCUCCCUCAGACCUUACCUGAAACGUUCCACGCUGAAACUGAUCAAGGUACUCGGUCAAGGAUACCUGAAACAUUUACUACAGAGAAUAGAGAAGCACCAGAUCCCAGCAUUCCUCGGAGGUUACCUGUGUGACAGCAACAACAACCCACUCUGCAUGGCCCAUCUCAACUGGAGCAAUAGCGUGCCUCAGUAUUUACUCUUCACAAACAGGAGGCUGGUCGCCCACUCCAGCCAUCGGACCAUCCCAGGCGGAGACAAAAGAAUAGAUGAGUACCAUGUGCCAACAGCCAAUAGUAUUCUUAUCUGGGAGUUCUACGAAGUCAGCCAUCCAAUCAUGCUUUCUAUUUACCUCAACACCAUGCAAGACCAGGCAGCCGUGAUGGGGAAAACACUGGUGAGCAACACCCAGCACCACAACGGAUCCCUGAUGUGCCAGUCGCCAGGCAGAUACUUCAUGGUCCUCGACAACUGCAAGGACUUCGCCCACCCCGCCAGAGUCGCCUUCCAGGUCCAGGUGAAGAUCCCCGAAGACUUCUUAGACACGCUGGCUCCCAGACUUCCUCUAGGUGACACGAUUAACUUCUGGCUUCCGGUUGGAGAACAAGAGCAGAUACAAAGACGGAAGCUCUUCAACAAGUAUCCGCAUCUGCUGCCUAAAGUAGCUGCCAAGUUGUAG